AAAAAACUGGAUUCGUCUAUCUCCUUCCCUCUUCAUUUCUCUCUAAUUUGAGAGCGAUCUCAGCUCAGUUCAUCAUUUUUAAUCGCUCCGAUUACCUCUUCACGGAUCUCUUUCUCAUGCGAUCUUUUUCAAUUUUCUUUUCUUUUUUUAAUUCUUUUUUGGUAUCCAGAAACCAUAUCUCCCUCUCGCUAGGGUUUCGGAAUUACCAAAAAAAGAAAAGAAAAUUUGCAGGUUCUAUCAAAUUCUUUUGAAUGAUGACAUCAAGUAUGUUAACUGGAGACAAAAGAUGGGCUCCUGCAAGAAGAGGUGGUAUGACAGUGUUGGGGAAAGUUGCUGUUCCAAAACCUAUAAACUUACCCAGUCAAAGGUUAGAAAAUCACGGUCUGGACCCAAAGGUUGAAAUUGUUCCCAAGGGUACUCACAGUUGGGUCCGUAGAUCGUCUGCUUCCUCACCAAAUGCAUGGGGUUCUCCUAUUACUGAAGGGGGCAAUGGUUUGCCAAGCCAUCUUAGUGGCCUCCCUUCAUCUGGUAGAACUGGCACUCGACCGACGACCGGUGGUAGUGAUAGAGGCCAUGACCCUAUUUCUAAUGCUUGGGGUUUGAAUUCUAGACUGUCAUCAUCUUCCGGAGCAUUGUCAUCAAAUCAGACCUCGCAAACAGCAUCCCGUCCGUGGAGUGCAGAAACUAGACGUGGAAGCUCACAUUUAUCCCGCUUUUCUGAAUCUCUGUCUGAUACCUCAGGGGCAUGGGGAAGGUCCGGAACAACCGAAAAGAUGGGAAUGUCUUCCUCUAAGAAUGACGGGUUUUCUCUGACUUCUGGAGAUUUUCCAUUAUUUGGUUCUGAAAAAGGCAAUUCUGGAAAGAACGUAGACUCUCAAGGUUCAUCUGCUGGAGUGGCUUCAGGAAGAGGAGGGAACAGGGAUUCUGAAGGUGAUGUUUCCAUAAAUGUGAAUGCAAAGAUUGGAGCUGCAGGCUCCUGGAGAAAAGAGAAUUCUUUGUAUGGAGACAAUGGUGCCAGAUCCAAUGUGGAGAAGUGGCAUGCUGAUCCUAAUAUUCCCCCUAAGCAUCAUGAUUGUUUGCAUGGUCCGCUUGUAAAUAAUCAUCCAAGAGGCUUUCGCAUGGAACCUAAUACGUAUUAUCGUCCGCAGAUCCCCCCUCCUGCUCUUGCCAAUCCACAGCCUGUUCCUCCACCUGAGGCUGGUCGUAGAGGCUCCCAAACAAAAAAUGGAGAUAUUGAUGCCUAUAUUCGUCCAGGAAUGCCACUUAGACCUGCAUUUAAUUCCACAGUUCCUUAUGACGGAUAUUAUGGCCCUCUAGGGGGAUACUGCAAGUCUAAUGAAAGAGAUGCUCCAUUUAAGGGAAUGCCAAUGGGACCUACAGCCUAUAACAGAGAUCCUGGUCCUCAUCCUGGUAACUCCCAUGGAAGAACCAGUGGAUUUGGUCCUAGUGGUAAGCCAGUCACAUCAGAACAAAUGGAAGCUCAAGACUCUCGCGGACCAUACAAAGUUCUUUCGAAACAGCAUGAUAGUUGGGAGGGAAAAGAUGAAGAACUGAAUUGGGAAGAUUGCAUAAAAACUAAUGUCCCUAAGAGGGAGAAUCAAAGAAAUCUAUCACGAGAAAAUGGAUGGAGAGCUGAGAACAAGAAGGAUAUUGAGAUAGAUAGAAGAAGAACGGUGGCUGAUGAAGGAGCUUCACCUGAGGCUGCAGACAGUAAGGCUGUCCCUAUGAAAGUGAAGUCUCCUGAGCCUGUAUCAAACGUGAGUGUAGUAUAUGGUGACAGUUUAGGUAAAAAGUUUGAACAUGCAGAUUCUAUUUAUAUGGAAGUUAUGGCAGCUCCUAAAGAUUCUAGUCUGAUUAAGAAAAUAGAAGGCUUUAAUGCUAAAGCUCAUGAUUCAGAUGGCCGUCAAUAUCCUGGAUGUGUUUCCAGCACAGAGGAGCCUGAGAAUAAAAUUCAAGUUGGUUAUGCAAUGGGCAGUCGUUCAACAAAUGAAGCCGGUAUUGACUCUAUAUCUGCUCGGGAUAGCAGAGUUAUCAACACUGUACCCCAUGAAGGCCGCUUCUCUGUUGGGGAUAAGAGUCUCGAUUCUACAGCAGUAGUCAGUGGAACAGCUAUUUCCAGGCGACCCACGCAUGGUAGAGCUGAUCUUCGUAGUGAAGCAAGAUUUAAUACACUAGAGGGUCAUGGCUGGAGGAACAAGCCUCAAGUUGUAGACCCCAAAAAUGUAGCAGCAACUGGACAUGGUGAAACAUCUAUUUCUAUUUCUCAUGGGCAACGCCAUAUAUCUGGGGAGAUCAUCCAGAAUUCCAUGUCACGGCCUUCAGGAAAGGAUGAUUAUUGCAAAGGAUGGGCUCCUGCAAGAAGAGGUGGUAUGACAGUAUUGGGGAAAGUUGCUGUUCCAAAACCUAUAAACUUACCCAGUCAAAGGUUAGAAAAUCUCUGUCUGGACCCAAAAGUUGAAAUUGUUCCCAAGGUUACUCACAGUUGGGGCAGUAGAUCGCCUGCUUCCUCACCAAAUGCGUGGGGUUCUUCUAAUACUGAAGGGGACAAUAGUUCGCCAACCCAUCUUAGUGGCCGCCCUUCAUCUGGUGGAACUGGCAACCGACCGGCAACUGCUGGUAGUGAUAGAGUUCAUGAUCCUAUUUCUAAUGCUUGGGGUUCGAAUUCUAGACCAUCAUCAUCUUCUGGUGCAUUGUCAUCGAAUCAGACCUCAAACACAACAUCCCGUCCUCGGAGUGCAGAAACAAGACCUGGAUGCUCACAAUUAUCCUGCUUUGCUGAAUCACUAUCGGACACCGCUGGGGCAUGGGGAGGAAACGAAACAACAGAAAAGAUGAGAAUGUCUUCCUCUAAGAAUGACGGGUUUUCUCCGACUUCUGGAGAUUUUCCAACAUUUGACUCUGAAAAAGAUAAUUCUGGAAAGAACGUAGACUCUCAAGAUUAUAGCUGUCCUGGUCGUCCAGGUUCAUCUGCUGGAUUGGCUUCAGGAAGAGGAGGUAACAGGGAUUCUGAAGGUGAUGUUUCUAUAUACGUGAAUGCAAAGAUUGGAGCUGCAGGUUCGUGGAGAAAAGAGAAUUCUUUGUACGGAGAAGAUGGAGCCAGAUCCACUGUGGAGAAGUGGCAUGGUGAUCCCCGUACAUACCCUAAUCGUAAUAUUACCCCUCAGCAUCAUGAUGGUUGGCAUGGUCCACUUGUAAAUAAUCAUCCAGCUGGCUUUCCUAUGGAACCUUUUCCGUAUUAUCGUCCGCAGAUGCCCCCUCCUGCACUUGCCAAUCCACAGCCUGUUCCCCCACCUGCGGCUGGUCCUAGAGGCUCCCACCCAAAAAAUGGAGAUAUUGAUGCUUAUAUUCGCCCAGGAAUGCCACUUAGACCUGGAUUUUAUCCCACAGUUCCUUACGAUGGAUACUAUGGCCCUCUCGUGGGAUACUGCAAUCCUAAUGAAAGAGAUGCUCCAUUUAUGGGAAUGGCAAUGGGCCCUACAGCUUAUAACAGAUUUCCUGGUCCUGAUUCUGGUAACUCCAAUGGAAAAACCAGUGGAUUUGGUUCUAUUGGUGAGCCAAUUGCAUCAGAACAACUGGAACCUCAAGAUUCUCGAGGACCAUACAAAGUUCUUCCUAAAGAGUAUGAUAGUUGGGAGGGAAAUGAUGAAGAGCUGAACUGGGAAGAUUGCAUAAAAAGUACUGCUCCUUAUCCUCUGAAGGGGGAGCAUCCAAGAAAUCUAUCACGAGAAAAUGGAUGCAGAGCUGACAACAAGAAUGAUACUGAGAUAGAUACAAGAAGAAGGGUGGCUGGUGAAGGAGCUUCACCUGAGGCUGUAGACAAUCAAGCUGUCCCUAUGGAAGUGAAGCCUCCUGAGCAUGUAUCAAACGUGAGUGUAGUAUAUGGUGACAGUUCAGGUAAAAAGUUUGAACAUGCAGAUUCUAUCUCUACUGAAGUUUUGGCAGCUCCAAAAGAUUUUAGUCUGAUUCAGAAAAUAGAAGGCUUUAAUGCUAAAGCUCAUUCUUCAGAUGGCCUUCAAUAUCCUGGACGUGUUUCCAGCACAGAGGAACCUAAAAAUAAAAUUCUAGUUGGUAAUGCAAUGGGCAGUCGUUCCACAAUUGAAGCUGGUAUAGAUUAUAUAUCUUCUCGUGACAACAGAGUUAUCAACAAUGUACUCCAUGAAGGCCACCUCUCUGCUGUGGAUAAGAGUCUCGAUUCUACAGCAGUAGUCAGUGGAACAGCUAUUUCCAGGCGACCCACGCAUAGUAAAGCUGAUCUUCGUGGUGAAGCUAGAUUUAAUACACUAGAGGGUGAUGGCUGGAGGAAAAAGCCUCAAGCUGUAGAUCCCAAAAAUGUAGCAUCAACUGUACAUAGUGAAACAUCUUCUGUUUCUCAUGGGCAACGUCAUAUUUCUCUAGAGAUCAGCCAGAAUUCCAUGUCACGGCCUUCCGGAAAGGAUGAUUAUAGCAAAGGAUGGGCUCCUGCGAGAAGAGGUGGCAUGACAGUGUUGGGGAAAGUUGCUGUUCCAAAACCUAUAAACUUACCCAGUCAAAGGUUAGAGAAGCACGGUUUGGACCCAACUGUUGAAAUUGUUCCCAAGGGUACUCACAAUUGGGUCCGUAGAACGUCUGCUUCCUCGCCAAAUUCAUGGGGUUCUCCUAAUACUGAUGGGGGCAAUGGUUCGCCAAGCCAUCUUAGUGGCCUCCCUGCAUCUGGUGCAACUGGCACUCGACCGACGACUGCUGGUAGUGAUAGUGGCCAUGACCCAAUUUCUAAUGCUUGGGGUUCGAAUUCUAGACCAUCAUCAUCUUCUGGAGCAUUGUCAUCAAAUCAGACCUCACACACAACAUCCCGUCCUCGGAGUGCAGAAACAAGACCUGGAAGCUCACAAUUAUCCCGCUUUGCUGAAUCUCUGUCUGAUACCUCGGGGGCAUGUGGAGGAUCCGGAACAACAGAAAAGAUGGUAAGCUACAUCACGGGAAUGUCUUCCUCGAAGAAUGACGGGUUUUCUCUGACUUCUGGAGAUUUUCCAUUAUUUGGUUCUGAAAAAGACAAUUCUGGAAAGAACGUAGACUCUCAAGAUUAUGGGUCUCCUGGUCGUCCAGGUUCAUCUGCUGGAGUGGCUUCAAGAAGAGGAGGGAAUAGGGUAUCUGAAGGUGAUGUUUCCAUAAAUGUGAAUGCAAAGAUUGGAGCUGCAGGUUCCUGGAGAAAAGAAAAUUCUUUGUACAGAGAAGAUGGAGCCAGAUCCACUGUGGAGAAGUGGCAUGCUGAUCCCCUUACAUUCCCUAAUACUAAUAUUCCCCAUCAGCAUCAUGAUGGUUGGCAUGGUCCGCUUGUAAAUAAUCAUCCAUUAGGCUUUCCCAUGGAACCUUUUACUUAUUAUCAUCCGCAGAUGCCCCCUCCUGCUCUUUCCAAUCCACAGCCUGUUCCCUCACCUGGGGCUGGUCCUAGAGGCUCCCACCCAAAAAAUGGAGAUAUUGAUGCUUAUAUUCGCCCAGGAAUGCCACUUAGACCUGGAUUUUAUCCCACAGUUCCUUACGACGGAUAUUUUGGCCCUCUCGUUGGAUACUGCAAUUCUAAUGAAAGAGAUGCUCCAUUUAUGGGAAUGGGAAUGGGCCAUAUAGCCUAUAACAGAUAUCCUGGUCCUGAUCCUGGUAACUUCCAUGGAAGAACCAGUGGAUUUGGUCCUAUUGGUAAACCAAUCGCAUCAGAACAAGUGGAAGCUCAAGACUCUCAAGGACUGAACAAAGUACUUCCAAAACUUCAUGAUAGUUGGGAGGGAAAAGAUGAAGAGCUGAACUGGGAAGAUUGCAUAAAAACUAAUGCUCCUUAUACUGUGAAGGGUGAGCAUCCAAGAAAUCUGUCACGAGAUAAUGGAUGGAGAGCUGACAACAAGAAUGAUAUUGAGAUAGAUACAAAAAGAAUGAUGGCUGGUGAAGGAGCUUCACCUGAGGAUGUAGACAAUCAAGCUGUCCCUAUGAAAGUGAAGUCUCCUGAGCAUGUAUCAAACUUGAGUGGAGUAUAUGUUGACAGUUCAGGUAAAAAGUUUGAACAUGCAGAUACUAUUUCUAUGGAAGUUUUGGCAGCUCCAAAAGAUUCUAGUCUGAUUCAGAAAAUUGAGGGCUUAAAUGCUCAAGUGCAUGCUUUAGAUGGCCGUCAAUAUCCUGAACGUGUUUCCAGUACAGAGGAGCCUAAGAAUAAAAUUCUAGUUGGUUAUGCAAUGGGCAAUCGUUCCACAAAUGAAGCGGGUAUCGACUCUAUAUCUUCUUGUGACAGCAGAGUUAUCAACAAUGUACCCCAUGAAGGCCACUUCUCUGCUGGAGAUAAGGGUCUCGAUUCCACAGCAGUAGUCAGUGGAACAGCUAUUUCCAGGCGACCCACGCAUGGUAGAGCUGAUUUUCGUGGUGAAGCAAGAUUUAAUUCACUAGAGGGUGAUGGCUGGAGGAAAAAGCCUCAAGUUGUAGACCCCAAAAAUGUAGCAUCGACUGUAUAUAGUGAAACAUCUUCUGUUCCUCAUGGGCAACGCAAUAUUUCUGCAGAGAUCAGCCAGAAUUCCAUGUCAGGGAAGGAUGAUAUAGAGUCUGUCCAACCGGUGUCUGACCCAAGCGACAGCCAGCGUGUCAAGCUGAGAGAGCUAGCCAAGCGACUCAAAGAGAGAGAGAAGGAAGAAGAAGAACGGACAAGAGAGCAGAGAGCCAAGGCUCUAGCUAAAUUGGAGGAAUUGAACAGGCGAACACAAACGGGGGAAGGUACAACUCAGAAGAAGUUGGAAGAUGUUUCUACCAGCACUAUUCAGAACAGAAAAGACGAACCUCUGAAUCUUCUCCAACCAAUUCCUGCAAGCAAGUCUGGAACCCCAAGUCCAUCUUUAGGUUCCGAGCAAAUUAAAACCUCACACGAGGAAUCCACAACUGCUGAUCCACCAACUGUGGUUGCUGGAAAAUCAAGGACACCAACUUCAGCCUUGAAAUCCAGCCCAAGGAUGGUUGCUCCUAGCACUGAAACAAUCGUGGAUAAAGUUGAGAAAUCUACAAGUACAAGUAGCGACCCGCCUGUGGAGGCACCAAAGACCGCACGAAAAGAUUCUGUUGUGGUCCAUGAGCAAUUGAUCUCUUUGCAGCAGGAUGGUAAUAAUUCUGAUGCUGGUCCUGGCAGUAGUACUCUGCGGGUCCCUGACAGUAGUGCUUCUAUGCAGAAGUCUACAGGCUAUAGUCAAAAGCCUGUACGCUUUAGUUUAUUAUUUGGGUCAUUCACUGAAGUAGAGGAGGCAUUAUUUGCAUCUUCUUCUUCAAUAUUAUUAAAAGGGACAACUAUUUUAGACGCUCCGGUUGAGCCAAGGUCGUCUGAAACAAUUUUGGAUCUUAGCUCAGCUCGGUCCCAAGCCGACUCAAAGGAUGCAAAUCAGUCCUCAGACUCAUGCUCAUCAUUGACAAAUGAAGAAACUCUCGUUAGAACAACAAAUAGCCAGUGGAAAUCUAAUCAUCCUCGCAGGACAAUUAAAAACCCACAAGGUAAUAAACCAGCUGAAAAAAAUCACGGCGGGGAUGCUCUUGUCUGGGCUCCUGUCCGAUCACAAAAUAAAACUGAGGUUUGCGAUGAUGCCAAUCAGAGUACUGUAGUUGAGGCUGUGGUUAUUCCUUCAAAGAGUGAUCAGCAGGUGCAGAGUCAUCCAAGAAAUAAAAGGGCGGAAAUGGAGAGGUACUUCCCAAAGCCUGUAGCCAAGGAACUGUCUCAGCUAGCAAUUGUUCCGACUACUUCAGAUGAGGUUGUUGAAAGGCCGAGUUGUAAAGGUGCCGAGAGCUCCCAAACUUCUGGUACAGUAAUAAGGAAGACGGUACCAUUUGCAGAAUCCAGGACUGGGGAUGGCAGGCAGAAUAGGCCUGAAAAAGUGCAUGGAUCAUGGCGGCAAUGGACUGUGGCCGAGUCAACUGCAAAUCAUAGGAGUUGUCGAAACGUAGCUGAGAAGUUCGAUUUAUCUUCCAUGACAGUGCAACCAAGUUUUGAAUGGGAUGCUUCCGAUGGCUGGAACAUGCCUGAAAUUCCUGAUACAGCUGUUAAUAUUGUUCCUUGUUUAAAAGAUGAGAGUGCGACUGCCAGGGGAAAGCGGCAUCCACAUAGAGGUCACAAAACCCCAGUAUUUUACAAUCCUAAUAAUCCUGAAGAUAUGAGGAGUGGUGGGCAGGACAACGAAAAGGUGUAUGUUGAAUCCACAGCUUCUGAAAUUGACCCAUUAUUAGCUUCAAAAGAAAAUCACGCUGCUGGGGAACAAUCAACGUCUCAUUGGCAGCCUAAAUAUCAAGCCACUAAUCAACGAGGAAGCCGGCCUAGUAACAGUGUGAAUGUAGGAGGUGGCUCUGAAGGUGGUAGGACUAAUAAAAAGGAGUCUCCCUCUUCUCAGGGUAGGGGGUUGCUUCCUCAACCAGAGAAGGAUGUUUUUGGGCCUCACUCACAUCGCGAAAAGAACAAUUUGGAAGGAGCUCGAGCUGUUGGACAUCAAGAGCCUGGGAGAGAGAAAAGAAUGGGUGGACCCAGAGGACGUCCCAUUGAAUAUACAUCUCAUUCUAAUGUGGAUGUUCAACCUGAGCACUCCAUGUCCCCGGGGUUUCCUAAAAGUGGGAAUUUGAAUAGCCGAUUUGGUAGAGAGCAUGAUGCUCGUGGGGAAUGGAGUGGAUCUGUAAAAGACACUAAGCAGCAACAUACUUUACCAGCAACCAGGGAUAGACAAAGGCAGAGAAAAGGGGUUUGGCCGCAAAACAAUAGCAAAUUGAAUAACUUUGAAUCUCCAAAAGAGGGUUUUCAUAAUUCAAGUGGAAGGUAUAGAGUAAAGGGCCAGGCAAGGCGAGGUGGGAGCAACUUUUAUGGGCGUGGUGUUCAAGUAGAUGCUGGUUAUGAGUAGGGGAUGAAAUUUGAAGACAUGGAUAUUCUUUUUGUAGUAUUGAUUCAGAAAGUAGGCUCAUUGAUGAUGAUAUCGUGGCUCGAUCCCUUACACUACUUUGAGGGCUUGAAGCGUAUUAGAGAUGGUCUAAAGGCCAAGAAGAUAGAUUGGGAGUUAAUUAAUUUGUUUCCAUACUUGAUUUUGGUGUGGUUUCAAGGAAAAAUGUACGUGAGGUUUAAUUUAGCCACAGUAUAUUGAUUUGCUGUGGAACAUUUGAUGGUGAUAUUGUUUUUGGGCACUGCAUUCCUUGUCAUAGUAUGUAUUGAACACUAGAGAGAAUUAAAUAGAUUGAGAGGAGCUUAUAGGUUCUCCCAUCUACCACUCCUGGUUUGGAAGUUAUUGAAGAAAAUAUUUUUAGGAAA